AUGGCGGGAGCCGGGAGCGGCCUGCUGAACGGCGGCGGCGACGGGCCGGAGGAGAAGCGGCUGCGGGUGGGGGCCGGCCCCCCGGGGAACCGCGUGACGGUGGUGCUGGGGGCGCAGUGGGGGGACGAGGGCAAAGGGAAGGUGGUCGACCUGCUCAGCCUCGACGCCGACCUCGUCUGCCGCUGCCAGGGAGGCAACAAUGCUGGCCACACAGUUGUGGUGGGUUCGGUUGAAUACAACUUCCAUCUCUUGCCGAGCGGGGUUAUCAACCACAGCGCCACGUCGUUCAUUGGAAAUGGUGUCGUCAUUCACCUGCCAGGACUCUUUGAUGAAGCUGAGAAAAAUCUUAAGAGAGGGCCAGGUUUGGAAGGUUGGGAGUCUCGGACAGUGAUUUCAGAUCGCGCCCACCUUGUGUUCAAUUUCCACCAGGCUGUGGAUGGGAUCCAGGAACAGCAGAGACAGCUGCAAGGUGGCAAAAACCUUGGCACAACCAAGAAGGGGAUCGGCCCUGCGUACGCCUCCAAAGCUUCACGGACUGGCCUGCGUAUCUGUGAUCUGCUGGCAGACUUUGAUGAGUUCUCCAAGAAGUUCAAGGUCUUGGCUCAGCACUACAAAGCGACAUACCCAGCUCUCACCAUAGACACGGAUGGUGAGCUGCAGCAACUGAAGGAAUAUGCGGAGAAGAUCCGUCCGUUAGUGAAGGAUGGUGUUUAUUUCAUGUACCAAGCCCUACAUGGUCCGGCCAAGAAGAUCCUUGUGGAGGGAGCAAACGCGGCAUUGUUAGACAUAGAUUUUGGUACCUACCCCUUUGUGACCUCCUCCAAUUGCACAGUGGGGGGCGUCUGCACUGGCCUCGGCAUCCCUCCGCACUACAUCGGCAAGGUGUACGGCGUGGUGAAAGCCUACACUACCCGGGUCGGCGUCGGGACAUUCCCCACGGAGCAGGAUAAUGAGAUAGGAGAGCUGCUGCAGUCCCGGGGGCGCGAAUUUGGUGUGACCACGGGCCGGAAGCGCCGCUGUGGCUGGUUGGAUCUUGUGCUGGUGAAAUACGCCCAUAUGAUCAAUGGAUUCAGCGCCCUGGCAGUGACCAAGCUCGAUAUCCUGGAUACCUUUGAGGAGAUCAAAAUUGGUGUGGAGUAUCGACUGGACGAGAAACGCAUACCUUAUUUCCCAGCAAACCAGGAGCUCCUCAACAAGGUGACUGUGGAGUACAAGACACUCCCUGGCUGGCAGUGCAGCACCGAGGAAGCACGCAGCUUCGGCGAGUUGCCCCCUCAAGCCCAGGGCUACAUCCGAUUCAUCGAGGAUUAUCUCGGGGUGCCAGUGAAGUGGGUGGGAGUGGGAAAAUCCCGCACAUCCAUCAUCAAGCUUUUCUGAGCCUGGAGCCGUAUCCUGGUCCCGGAAGAAGACGGUGGGCCCUCCUG